AUGGCCACCGCUAUCCAGACGCCGGAGGAGUUCCACGCGGCCAUCGGCGAGAAGCAGCUGACGGUUGUGCAGUUUUCGGCACCGUGGUGCGGCGGGUGCAAGAUGGUGGCGCCCAAGGUCGCUAAGCUAAUGGAGUCCGAGUUCCCCCAGGUCAAGUUCCUCAAAGUGAGCGCAGAAGAACUGGAAGAGUUCUGCGAAGAGAUUGGUGUCGACAGCUUUCCCACUUUUCGCGUGUACAAGAACGGUGACGUCGUGGCGUCGUACGUGAGCUCGAAGUUCGAGAAAGUGGAGGAGUUUAUUCGUACCAACGCGCAAUAA